ACUGUAGAUUUCAAGGAAAAUGCAUGAGAAAAUGCUUUUAAAAAAUGAGAUGAAGAUCUCACUGUGUUGCCCAGCCUGGACUCAAACUCCUGGGCUGUGGUGAUUCUCCCACUUCAGUCUCCAGAGUAGCUGAGGCUACAGUUGCCUGGCACUGGUAGAGAAAAAAAGCUUAAAAAAAUAAGAACAUGGUAAUUAUUUGAUAAUAAUAUUCAAGUACCUUUACUUGUGAUUCUUGUAAUCUGAGCAAACAUGAUUUUAUGUCUGAUCUUUUCUCACAGCUACCUAUAGAUUUCUUUCCAAUAAAUAUAUUAUUUUAUGCCUAUCAAACAUCUUAUCCUCACAGUAUAAAUAUUUCCACUUAUAAAAGUACAGUAGCCAGUUGUUUCUUAAGAAGAAUUUUUUUCCCUAUAUUUUAAUGGGCUUCCAAAAGUAUUACCAGUAAUUCUCAGUAAUUACAAUUAGGUCAGUUACCCAGGAAAAGGUAAGUCUGUAAUGUUCUUUGGACUACCAAUUUUCUUUUAAUGGUUUCCUCCACACUAAAUAUUUUUGAAAUAUAAUGUAUUAAUAGAAUCAUGGUGUACUACCAUUCUUUCCAGGUAAUGCAAGUUGGAAUGCUUCUACUUUAUACUAAAAAAUAUUAAUGUUUCUUUUUCACUUGGGUUUGUGUUAAGUGUGAUUCUGAUAAUGUAUACAAUCACAUAUCUCAUUUUUGGGUUUUCAUAUUAUCAUGAAAAUUUGAUUUUUAAGCGUUAAAUGUCAACAACCUGGUAAACUAAUUUUUCCAUUCAGGAUCAUUCAAGGAAUCUAUUGAAAAAUGUUUGCCCAAAUUAUAGCUGAAUUAGAAAGUUUACUAUGUUAUAUGAUUUGUCAAAAUGAGGAACUCCUAGGGAGACAUCCCCCAUAAUAGGUGUAUUGAAGGAACAAUAAUCUCAAAGCAGAUGCACUAAAAUUCUAAAAUACAAAUUAUUGUGUAUAGAAACUUCAAAUUCAUUUAAAAGCUCAGUGGGGAAAAAAAGCUCAUUGAAAAAAAAACCUCACUAAAGUUUCUACUAAAGAGAAUACUGUAGAUUUCCAUCCCUUUUUGAAGAACAGUAGGUGGAGCUAUUUAAGGUAUAAAAACGAAAUAUCCUUUCUGGGAGUUCCAGAUUGUGCAGUAAUGGGUUACGACUCUGAGCGCCGCUGUUCACCAAUCCGGGAGAGAAAAGUGGAGAUCCUGCUCGCCUUGCACGCGCCCGAAGCACAAAGCAGAUAGGAAUGAACCAUCUCUGGGACUAUGAGGAAACAACGGAGGAGCUCUGACUCCCCAACUGCCCCAUUCUAGGGGUGAAAGAACUGCUCCUGACUUCAGUGGUUAAAGGCAGAAUUGGAAAUAAUUCUGGAGGAAGGUGACAAUGAUUCCUGCGCGACUGCAUGGGGACUGCAAAGGGCUGGUCCUGCUGGGAGUUUUCCUGGGGACCCUGUGGGAGACUGGAUGCACCCAGAUACGCUAUUCAGUUCCGGAGGAGCUGGAGAAAGGCUCUAGGGUGGGCGACAUCUCCAGGGACCUGGGGCUGGAGCCCCAGCAGCUAGCGGAGCGCGGAGUCCGCAUCGUCCCCAGAGGUAGGACGCAGCUUUUUGCCCUGAACCCACGCAGCGGCAGCUUGGUCACUGCGGGCAGGAUAGACCGGGAGGAGCUCUGCAUGGGGGCUGUCAAGUGUCAAUUAAAUCUUGACAUUCUGAUGGAGGAUAAAGUGAAAAUAUACGGAGUGGAAAUAGAAGUAAGGGACAUUAACGACAAUGCUCCUUACUUUCGUGAAAGUGAAUUAGAAAUAAAAAUGAGUGAAAACGCAGCCACUGGGAUGCUGUUCCCUCUACCCCACGCCUGGGAUCCGGAUAUCGGGAAGAACUCUCUCCAGAGCUACGAGCUCAGCCCGAAUACUCACUUCUCCCUGGUCGUGCAAAAUGGAGCCGACGGCAAUAAGUACCCGGAAUUGGUGCUGGAACGCGCCCUGGACCGCGAAGAAAAGGCCGCUCACCACCUGGUCCUCACGGCCUCGGACGGGGGAGAUCCUGUGCGCACAGGCACAGCGCGCAUCCGCGUGAUGGUUAUGGAUGUGAACGACAACGCACCAGCGUUUGCUCAGUCCGAGUACCGCGCAAGCGUUCCGGAGAAUGUGGCCUUGGGCACGCAGCUGCUGGUAGUCAACGCCACCGACCCUGAUGAAGGAGUCAAUGGGGAAGUGAGGUAUUCCUUCCGGUAUGUGGACGACAAGGCGGCCCAAGUUUUCAAACUAGACUAUAAUUUAGGGAUAAUAUCAACAAUAGCGGAGUUGGACCACGAGGAGUCAGGAUUCUACCAGAUGGAAGUGCAAGCAAUGGAUAACGCAGGAUAUUCUGCACGUGCCAAAGUCCUGAUCACUGUUCUGGACGUGAACGACAAUGCCCCAGAAGUGGUCCUCACCUCUCUCACCAGCUCCGUUCCUGAAAACUCUCCCAGAGGGACAUUAAUUGCCCUUUUAAAUGUAAAUGACCAAGAUUCUGAGGAAAACGGACAGGUGAUCUGUUUCAUCCAUGGAAAUCUGCCCUUUAAAUUAGAAAAAUCCUACGGAAAUUACUAUAGUUUAGUCACAGACAUAGUCUUGGAUAGGGAACAGGUUCCUAGCUACAACAUCACAGUGACCGCCACUGACCGGGGAACCCCGCCCCUGUCCACGGAAACUCACAUCUCGCUGAACGUGGCAGACACCAACGACAACCCGCCGGUCUUCCCUCAGGCCUCCUAUUCAGCCUAUAUCCCAGAGAACAACCCCAGAGGCGCUUCCCUCCUCUGUAUGACCGCCCACGACCCCGACUGUGCGGAGAACGCCCAGAUCACUUAUUCCCUGGCUGAGGACACCAUCCAAGGGGCGCCCCUGUCGUCCUACGUGUCCAUCAACUCCGACACUGGAGUACUGUAUGCGCUGCACUCCUUCGACUACGAGCAGUUCCGGGACUUGCAAGUGAAAGUGAUGGCGCGGGACAACGGGGACCCGCCCCUCAGCAGCAAUGUGUCACUGAGCCUGUUCGUACUGGACCAGAACGACAAUGCGCCCGAGAUCCUAUACCCCGCC